AUCAACACAUCCUCUAAGCCAAGACACUUAGCUACACUGCACCGAGUGCACCAUGUUUCAGGAAAUUUCCCUUUCUUUUUGAUUUUUCUAAUUAUUGGCAAAAUAUGCUGUCUAGUGAUGGGGACUCACUUCAUUAGGUGUCAGGCCAGAAUGUCUUGUAGAAUUUCUGGGAACUUCCUUCCACUGGGAAGGGUUACCUCAAAUGAAGCAAUCAGGAUGUAAUUUUAGAAAAGGAGCAAAUACUAAAGAUGAAAUCCGACUGAAAACGCAAGGAUUUCACUCGCCCUGCAUUUGGCCACAGCACAAUAAAGUUAGCAGGGGCGGAGAGAUUUCCUGGGACUAGACCCUUCCUUCCGCGGUGUACAAGACCCUGCCCAUGGACCUGCACCCCCCCCCCCAGUUCCCUUACAUAUAUAUUCUUAAAAGAAACCAAGUCUUACUUUCAAAGCACACACUUAGUCUCAACUAGGGAAUCAACAGAGGCAGAAACGAUUUUUUUCCCCCUUCUUGACAUCUGGCUUGCGAUUGGCUGGAAGGGGGUCAGCUGACUUUGUCAUUUUGUCUGUCCUGGAUUGGAGCCGUCCCUAUAACCAUCUAGUUCCGAGUACAAACUGGAGACAGAAAUAAAUAUUAAAGAAAUCAUAGCCCGACCAGGUAAAGGCAAAGGGAUGAAUUCCUACUUCACUAACCCUUCCUUAUCCUGCCACCUCGCCGGGGGCCAGGACGUCCUCCCCAACGUCGCCCUCAAUUCCACCGCCUAUGAUCCAGUGAGGCAUUUCUCGACCUAUGGAGCAGCCGUAGCUCAGAACCGGAUCUACUCGACUCCCUUUUAUUCGCCACAGGAGAAUGUCGUGUUCAGUUCCAGCCGGGGGCCGUAUGACUAUGGAUCUAAUUCCUUUUACCAGGAGAAAGACAUGCUCUCAAACUGCAGACAAAACACCUUAGGACAUAACACACAGACCUCAAUCGCUCAGGAUUUUAGUUCUGAGCAGGGCAGGACUGCGCCCCAGGACCAGAAAGCCAGUAUCCAGAUUUACCCCUGGAUGCAGCGAAUGAAUUCGCACAGUGGGGUCGGUUACGGAGCGGACCGGAGGCGCGGCCGCCAGAUCUACUCUCGGUACCAGACCCUGGAACUGGAGAAGGAAUUUCACUUCAACCGCUACCUAACCCGGCGCCGGCGCAUCGAGAUCGCUAAUGCUCUGUGCCUGACCGAGCGACAGAUCAAAAUCUGGUUCCAGAACCGCCGGAUGAAGUGGAAAAAAGAAUCUAAUCUCACGUCCACGCUUUCGGGGGGCGGCGGAGGGGCAGCUGCCGACAGCCUGGGCGGAAAAGAGGAAAAGCGGGAAGACACAGAAGAGGAGAAGCAGAAAGAGUGACCAGGACUGCCCUUCCACCCCUCUCUCCUCCCUUGCUCACCCAGCUCCCCGAGUCACACACUCUAUAUUUAUCACUGGCACAAUUGAUGUGUUGUGACUUCCUAAAACAAAAUAGGGAGUCAGACUUGGACCUGAAAGUCAGCUCUGGAUACCCCCCCCCCCCCAUCACCACUGCACAACUCUUCAUCAGCCUCCUCCUCUAGUUCCCUCUAGCUCCUUCUCGGCUUGUCUGCAGGCCCCUUCCCUCGCCCAAGCUUCCGGGUCGAGGUCCCUGAACCUCGCUUCAGACUCUACUGUUGUCCCUCCAAGUGAGCACUAGGCUCCCUCCCCACCCCAGACGCCCUUAACCCCCGCCCCCGCGCAGAGAGCCGGCUACCGGGCCUGGGGCCUUCACUUCAG